AUGGCCAAGAGAGUGGCAGUUGUGACUGGUGCUAACAAAGGAGUGGGGUUUGGCAUCGUCCGGGCACUGUGUAAACGGUUUAAUGGAGAUGUCUACCUCACAUCUCGUGAUGAAGGUCGAGGUCAAAUAGCUGUCCAAGAGUUGGAGAAGGAAGGAUUACAGCCCAGGUACCACCAACUUGACCUCAAUAGCCAUGACAGUAUAGUCCGGUUGCGAGAUUUCCUGCAGAAACAGUACCAGGGCCUGGACGUGUUGGUCAACAAUGCAGGCAUCGCAUAUAAGAAUGAUUCUCCAGCUCCAUUUUCUGAGCAAGCUGAAGUUACAGUGAAAACAAACUUUUUUGAUACUCUGGCGGUUUGCGAAGUGCUCUUCCCGAUACUCCGUCCACAUGCCAGAGUUGUCAAUGUGUCCAGCAUGCUGUCACAGGUGGCCUUGGCUAAGUGCUCGGACAAGUGGAAGUCCAGAUUUACUGAUCCAGACAUCACAAUGGAGGAGCUGACAUCCAUCAUGAAGCAGUUUGUGCAGGCAGCUCAGGACAACACACUUGACCAAGAAGGCUUCCCACAGACAGCAUAUGGGAUGUCCAAGAUUGGUGUGACUGUCAUGUCUAUCAUUCAGCAGCGGCAACUGGACAGACAAGGCAAGGAGGACAUUGUGGUCAAUGCAUGCUGUCCAGGGUAUGUGGCCACAGACAUGAGCAGUCACAAGGGGCAGCUGACCAUUGACCAAGGGGCAGAAACUCCAGUCUACCUGGCCUUGCUACCUCCCAAUGUGCAGAGUCCUAGGGGCCAGUUUGUCCGUGAGAAGGCAGUUUCUCCUUGGAAAGCCUGA